AUGACGAAAAGCACUUGACUUAUCCUGGUUCGAAAAACUAACACGUGUUUGGGUCAGGAGGGAAAAAAAGGCAAAACUCUCACCCAUAUGAUCAGUUCAGUGUGUGUGUCCUCUUUCCGCGGGCGAAAGUCAGGAGGCAAACCUCCUUCCAAGUCAUGUUUGAAAGGAGAUAUGGGGAGAAACGAGGAGAACGAUAAAAUAGUGAUCAAUGUCGGUGGCAUUAAACAUGAGACUUAUAGAAGCACCCUCAAGACUUUGCCUGGGACAAGACUAUCCUGGUUAACUGAGCCGGACGCCUUCAGCAAUUUUGAUUACGAUCCGAAAACCGACGAAUUCUUCUUCGACCGUCACCCGUCCGUGUUCGCCUAUAUUCUGAACUAUUACAGGACGGGCAAGUUGCACUGCCCGGCGGAUGUAUGCGGACCCCUGUUCGAGGAAGAACUGGCCUUUUGGGGCAUCGACGAGACGGACGUGGAGGCAUGUUGCUGGAUGAAUUACAGGCAGCACCGGGACGCCGAAGAGGCGCUGGACAGCUUCGAGGCUCCGGAGCCAGAGGACGAAGAGGAGGGAGAUCUCAAAAGACUUUGCCUGCAGGAGGACUCGGGCAGGAAGCUGGGCUGGUGGAAGAAACUGCAGCCCAAAGUCUGGGCUCUGUUUGAGGACCCCUACUCGUCUAAAGCUGCCCGGUACGUGGCAUUCGCAUCGCUCUUCUUCAUCUUGAUAUCCAUCACCACCUUUUGCCUUGAGACCCACGAAGCGUUCAAUCACGUGGUGAACAGGACGGCGACGGUGGUGAAGGGCAAUGUCACCGUGGUGGUGGAGGACGUGGGCAUCGAGACGGAGGCCUUCCUCACCUACGUGGAGGGUAUGUGUGUCAUCUGGUUCACUUUCGAGUUCCUCAUGCGGAUCCUCUUCUGCCCCAACAAGAAGGAGUUCAUCAAGAACACGCUCAACAUCAUUGACUUUGUGGCCAUCCUGCCCUUCUACCUGGAGGUUGGGCUGAGCGGCCUCUCGUCCAAAGCAGCCAAGGACGUGCUGGGGUUCCUGCGGGUGGUGCGUUUCGUCCGCAUCCUCCGCAUCUUCAAGCUGACCCGCCACUUCAUCGGCCUCCGGGUCCUGGGCCACACCCUGAGGGCCAGCACCAACGAGUUCCUGCUGCUCAUCAUCUUCUUGGCCUUGGGCGUCCUCAUCUUCGCCACCAUGAUCUACUACGCCGAGCGGAUCGGCGCCGACCCGGAGGACAUCACCGGCAGCAAGCACACCAGCUUCAAGAACAUCCCCAUCGGAUUCUGGUGGGCGGUGGUGACAAUGACCACCCUGGGCUACGGGGACAUGUACCCCAUGACCUGGUCCGGGAUGCUGGUGGGGGCCUUGUGCGCCUUGGCCGGCGUGCUGACCAUCGCCAUGCCCGUGCCAGUCAUCGUCAACAACUUCGGCAUGUACUACUCCUUGGCCAUGGCCAAGCAAAAGUUACCAAAAAAGAAGAACAAGCACAUCCCCCGCGCCCCGCAGCCCGGCUCGCCCAACUACUGCAAGCCCGACAGCAAAUCCCCGCAGAGGAGCGGUCAAGGUGACUCCUGCCCCCUCGCCCAAGAGGAGAUCAUCGAAAUCAACCGGGCAGAUCCCAAGCAGAACGGGGAUGCGGCCAACGCGGCCCUGGCCAAUGAGGACUGCCCCACCAUUGACCAGGCGCUGUCUCCGGAGGACAACCAGGCAGUGACGCCGGGCGGGAGGGAGAGGUACGCCCGCGACAGAGCCUGCUUCCUGCUGACCACCGGAGACUUUGAGCACUCCCCCGACGGAAAUAUCCGCAAAGGUACCACAUGAAGCCCCUCGAGCCCAAACGGAAGAGGGAUA